CUUACCGCGCCAGCUGAGCCCGGUGCUCAGUUGCCUGUCACCAUGCCGAACAUCGUGCUGUUCAGCGGCAGCUCGCACCGGGAACUGUCGCAGCGGGUAGCUGACAGGCUCGGGCUGGAGCUGGGAAAAGUAGUGACCAAAAAAUUCAGCAACCAGGAGACUUGUGUGGAAAUUGGGGAGAGUGUGCGAGGUGAAGAUGUAUACGUCAUCCAAAGUGGCUGUGGGGAAAUCAAUGAUAAUUUAAUGGAGCUAUUGAUAAUGAUAAAUGCCUGCAAGUUUGCAUCGUCAUCUCGAGUCACCGCAGUUAUUCCUUGUUUUCCCUAUGCUAGACAAGACAAGAAAGACAAGAGCCGUGCCCCUAUUUCUGCAAAGCUUGUGGCCAACAUGCUGUCGGUUGCUGGAGCAGAUCAUAUUAUCACCAUGGAUUUGCAUGCCUCUCAAAUCCAGGGUUUCUUUGAUAUUCCUGUGGAUAAUUUGUAUGCGGAACCAGCAGUACUGAGAUGGAUAAAGGAAAAUAUUCCAGAAUGGAUGAAUUCUAUAAUUGUCUCUCCAGAUGCUGGCGGAGCUAAAAGGGUGACAUCAAUCGCAGAUAGACUGAAUGUUGAAUUUGCGCUAAUCCACAAGGAAAGGAAGAAAGCAAAUGAGGUGGACAGAAUGGUGCUUGUUGGUGAUGUUGAAGGCAGAGUGGCCAUUCUUAUCGAUGACAUGGCAGAUACAUGUGGAACCAUAUGUUAUGCUGCUAAUAAAUUGUUGAGUGUUGGUGCAACCAAAGUUUACGCUAUUCUUACCCAUGGCAUCUUCUCUGGCCCUGCAAUUAGUAGAAUAAACAAUGCUGCUUUUGAAGCCGUUGUUGUAACAAACACCAUUCCACAAGAAGGAAAAAUGAACAAUUGCUCAAAGGUUCAGGUGAUUGAUAUAUCUAUGAUCCUUGCUGAGGCAAUUCGUAGAACUCACAAUGGUGAAUCUGUGUCAUACCUAUUCAAUCAUGUUCCCUUGUAAGCUGAGUUUCCAACACUUCCCUUUUGCUGGACUAACAUUGUUCUGCAUUUCUGAAGAGAUCAUCACUACUUACAGGAAUAUACAGUUAACUAGUCACCAAUUGAAAGGAUUCACUGUCACUACACAUACAUGCUGAAAGCAUGAAAAUGUAACUAUUUCUACAUUUUAUGGAUUGGUUUGUACUUACUAUCAGCAAUUCUAUAAGAAAAAAACUGUGCUAUAUAUAGACAAGGUUCUGUUUUUUGUACUUUAUUAGAAAUGUAAGCCCUUCAGGUGAAUUUCUAUAAAAUAUAAUUCUUGUUAAUGGUUAUGUGGCUUUUCUACACCACAAACUAUUUGAAUACUUGUGGUUAUAUGCUGAUUCCUUUUAUGUGAAACAAAUGUUUGGGGGGGAAAAAUGCAAUGUUUAGGAUACAAUGCAGUAAUUCUCAAACAGACAUUCCAUUGAAAUCGACACCUGGUCCCGGCUGGAAGCCUAAGAUUGUUUAUGAGACAUUCCAUUAGAUUAUUAAAAAAUGAUUUGGUGGUAUUGUCACCUAUUUGCAUGCUGCAGCAACAGGAGCAAACUAAUCAGUGGAUUUGCAAAUUGAUUUAAUCAAAUCACUAUUAAACAAUUGCAAUGCACUGCGUCGUUUGUAAGUAAAAACUCUGAAGUAAAGGGUUAUCUGCAGUAAUUCAUAAUUUUUGUUCAGAAGCCAAUUGUGUGUGUGAACGCAAACACGAGGAAAUCUGCAGAUCCUGGAAA